AUAUUAAUGUGUGGUUCUAUCAGUUGUUUUAAUUCACUUUACACAGCUUUCAUGAACUGGACACGCAAUGAAGCAAGAGGCAAAUUGUGAAGACCUAGUAGCGGAAGUGCAGCUCUUAUUUCCGGUUGUUGUGUUAGCUGAUGUGGAUGUGAUUUUUGAUGCGGUCCGCUGGUGUUGGUUCGGUUCGUUUACGCCCGUUUCGGCUCACCAUCCUGGGCAGCAGCAAAGUGUGAAGGACCGCUGAAACCGCUGUGGAGGAGGAAUCAUGGCCGCCCCUGCUCUCUCCAGUCGUGCCGGCUCGGCUGGAAGCCUCGGGAACAGCCCCACCAUGGCCGCCGCCGGCAGACUGCCCCACGGCAGCGGCGGCGUCGGCCCCGAGUUGGACUUCAGGUCAGCAUCCCGCAUGGAGGAUCUGAACCGGCUCAUCCAGGAGUUCAGCAAGCACGACCAGCGCGAGUACGACGACCAACGGGCCCUGGAGAUACACACGGCCAAGGACUUCAUCUUCUCCAUGCUUGGAAUGGUCCAAAAGCUGGACCAGAAGCUGCCUGUGGCCAACGAGUACCUGUUGCUGUCGGGCGGUGUGCGCGAGGGUGUGGUGGACAUGGACCCGGAUGAGCUGAGCGUGUACGCGCGCGGCGCUGACUACGACAUGGACUUCACGCUGCUGGUGCCGGCGCUCAAGCUGCAUGACCGCAAUCAGCCAGUUACACUGGACAUGAGACACUCGGCGCUGGGACACUCCUGGCUCAGCCUCCGCCUCUUUGACGAGGGCACCAUCAGCAAGUGGAAGGACUGCUGCACGGUGGUGGAGCACAUCAGCGGAGCCGCAAACUACUUCUUCUCACCCACGUUGGUGGCCGACUGGUUCUACCAGGCCGUCUCGCUGGUGCUUCUGGAGGUGCAGAAGAAACCCCAGAGGGGCGUUCCCCGCGUGGAAAAGGUGGAGCGCAACGGCACCGUGGUGUCGGUCAUUCUUGGCGUUGGCAGCAGCCGCAUGCUCUACGACGUUGUGCCUGUGGUGUCCUUCAAAGGCUGGCCGGCCGUGGCCCAGAGCUGGCUGAUGGAGAACCACUUCUGGGAUGGUAAGAUCACCGAGGAGGAGGUUAUCAGCGGCUUCUACUUGGUACCAGCUUGCUCGCACAAGGGCCGACGGGAGAACGAGUGGCGGCUGUCGUUCGCCCGCAGCGAGGUGCAACUGAAGAAGUGCAUCUCGCCUGGCCUCAUGCAAGCUUACCAGGCGUGUAAGGCCAUCAUCGUCAAGCUGCUGUCACGCCCCAAGGCGGUGAGCCCCUACCACCUGCGCAGCGUCAUGCUGUGGGCCUGCGACCGGCUGCCCGCCAACUACCUGGCGCAGGACGACUUCUCCGCCCACUUCCUGCUAGGUCUGAUCGACGACCUGCAGCACUGCUUGGUCAACAAGACGUGCCCCAACUAUUUCAUCCCGCAGUGCAACAUGCUGGAGCAUCUCUCAGAUGACACCGCCGUGCUGCAUGCCCGCAAGCUGUCCUCGGUGCGCUCCGACCCGGCUGAGCACCUGCGCACCACCAUCGAGCAUGCCAAGGCCGCCAACAGGCUGACGGUGGAGCUACAGUGGCGCGGCAGCACCGGCAACUUGCCAUCGCCGCAGUCGGAUGCCGGCGGAGAGAACCAGCCGGACGACCGCUUGGCCAAGAAGCUCCAGCAACUGGUCACGGAGAACCCCGGGAAGUCCAUUUCGGUUUUCAUUAACCCAGAUGAUGUCACGCGGCCACACUUCCGCAUAGAUGACAAGUUCUUCUAAAAUUCUUUUUUUUUUGCUGUGUGUUGUUUAUGUUCCCUGUGUCACGCUGUCAAGUCAUCUGCCUAUUUUGUAGUCUUCUUAGUUUCCCUCACUCGCUGUAUGCUUACCUGCUGGAGGCCUUCAGAAUGACAUCCACAAAGCCACCCGAAGAACUCCAUCUGGAUGUCUGCUCUGCUUUCAGGCUGAGAUUCACAAAUUUACCUGGUGAAAUCCACCUGAAGACAUCCACCGAAAGAAAUCUACAUGGACGUUUACCCGGAGAUGUCGACCGGGAGAAAUAGACCAGGAGUCAUCCACCCAAAGAAAACGGCUCGGAGUUGGUCACCCGGAAUCAUCCUCUUGGAUUGACCACCCUGAGUGAUCCGCCUGGUGUCGGCCAACCCGAGUCACCCACCUUGGGUCAUUCACCUGCAGAAAUUGACCUUGACGUCAUGGCCCCAGAGGCACACAACUUCAGACAUCGAGCUGCUGAAACCCACCCAUAGGAAUCCAACUGAACAAAUUUUGUAAGAAAAUUCAGCUGGAAAACUCGACCCGGAGACAUUCACUUGCAGGAAUCCUCCGAAAAAUCCACCUGGAAAAAUCAAACUGUAGAAAUAGCCCUGGAGAGAUUGACUUGGUGUCAUCCAACUGGAGGAGUCCCCUCAGAGAAUUCUUCCAAGAGGAAUCAAGUUGGACAAAUCACUUGGAAAGAUCAACUUGGAGACAUCCACCUUGAGGAAUCCUCUAAGAGACAUCCACCGGGACAAUAACACCUCUAAAAAUCAACCUUGAGAAGUUGCCUAGGAGACGUCCGCCCUGAGACAUGUGCCCAGAGGAAUCCACUUGGAGGCAUCCUGUCCGAAGAAUCCACCAAGGAGUCUUGCUGUGAAAUGGCACCAAGCCAGCCGGCAGAAAAAAAAAAGAUCCCAUCUUCAUCAAGUUGCUAUGUGUUCACCCAUCAGGACCAGAUCACGAUGCAUGUACGUCAGCUCAUCAGAGCAAAAAAUAUUAUACACUUUUUGCGCGGGGUGGUAUUCAGUGUGGCCCUUUUGUGGGGAGAAAAAAAAUACCUAAAAUAGGUAAGCGUUAAACCGGUAAGCUCAAAAGUGAAAAUAUUCUCAAACUUUUUUAUGAGAAAAUAAUGAGCUCAAAAGAUUCCUCAGACCAAUGGCAAGUGCGUUUUACUUGUAGCCUGGGACACUCAUGAUCACAGUUCGAUCAUGUAUUGAUUUGUUACGAACUGAAUGUGAAAUGGAUUCUUAUUUUCAAACCACAAUGCGUGAAUGUAACAUCAGAUGCUACAUUUUCAACUCCAUUUGGCCUCCACGUGUAGCAGUGCGACAAAUUUCAAACUUUUUUUUCCCCCCUUUUUAAUUCCACAUUGGAACAGCAGCCAGAUUGUCACUGUGAAGCUUUUUUUUCACUGUACGAUUGUCAACGAGCAUCUUUGUUAAAAAUGUUGAUUGUUUGGACAGUACUCAAAUGUAAAUAAUCCCAAGAAGCCAGUAAAAUGACGACUACUGCUUAUCAUGUAAUUCUUAUUUUGCACAAAAUGUAAAAAGCACCAACCACACUCCUCUUGAUUGUAGUUGCACGCUAGUGAGCCAUGGUGCUAAAUACGCUACUUAGUUUGUAUGAUGGCCUGUGUGUUGGCAUGUGUGCCAUUGCAUGUUUGCGUUGGCACGUGUGUUAGCAGAUGUGUGUGUCGGCGCCAAUGUGCGAGUGAGUGUCUCUUCGCGCAUGUACAGUAUGCUAAUAUGUUUUUGCAUGUGUGUUAGUGACUUUGUCCAAGCGCAUUAACGUGUAUGUUAGUGCGUGUGCCUGUUAGCAUGCGUGUGCUAGUGUGUGUGUGAACAUGAGUGGUAGUACGUAUUGUUGCCGUGUAUAUUAAUGCACGCGUGUGUUAGUGCGUGUGUCUGUUUGUGUAACUGUUGGCAUUGUGUGCGUUAGUGUGCGUGUGUGUAAACGUGAGUGGGAGUUCGUGUGUAUGUGCUAGCAUGCGUGUGUGUUAGCGCGCGUGUUUACGAAUGAGCGCCUUGGCGGAUGUAUGUUAAGUGUGUUUGCGCGUGGGUAUGGUAGCGUGUGUUAGCAUGUGGGUUUGUUAGUAUGUGCGUGUAUUAGCGUGUGUGUGUGUGUGUGUGUGCGUGGGUUUGUUAGUAUGUGCGUGUAUUAGCGUUUGUGUGUGCGCGCGCGCGUGUGUGUGUUGCCAAAUGAGGGUGUCUGCAGGUAGGUGUGUUAUGAUGCAUGUUUGAGUGCGUGAGGAUGUGUUAGGAUGCCGGUGUGUGAACGAAUGUGUUUUCGUUCUUCAGUGUGUGGUUACAUGAGUGAGCGUGUUUUUGUGUAUUAUCGCCUGUGUGCGUGUGUUAGGCCGAGGAGACGCAGCAGGUGCGCAGCCACACUAUGACUUUGACACUCCAGAACCAACAACAUUCCUGCCUAGUGACACCAUUUAUAACUGAUCACCAAUGAAAAAGUACUCUUUCACAGUUUUUUUUUGUGUUUGUAAAUAGGGCUCAUUUUUAAAAAUGACACAUUAGCCGGUUUGACCUGCAUGUCCAGCUCUGGUCUUUGAGUGCCGCUAUCUUGCCUGUAUUAUAUGUCAACCCACGCCAACACAACCGAUUCAAAAGAUCAGCUCAAAACAGCGGCUUUCGAGAACUGGAGUUGCGCAUCCAUGGUCUAAAUCCUGAAAACCUUUUGUGAGUGAGACCCGACAAGAUUCAGAGUGUCGUAAAGUGAGCAUCCGCCAUAUUGACUUUAUUGCGGAAUCUUUUCAUUGCAGGAUAUGUGUUUUUGCAUUUUGGAACAGGAAUGAAUUAAAUUUCAAACUCGGUUUACCUCUUUAUAUUCAGUGGUACGUUGACUGAAGAGUGCCCCGAUUUCAGAGUAAUUCCAGGUGCGAGCCGUUGCUUCAUUGAUUGAUUGAUUGAUUCAUUCAUUUAUCUUUGUGUUACGGGCCAAAAUUUGAGUUGCGAUUAAACUUCGGAUAUGCCGCCACUUGAAUGAAGUGGGGCGAAAAAAGGAGCAAUUUAGGUACUUUAGUUGCAGGAAUACUUUGAAGUACGAAGUCGAGACACCACUGCAUUCAAAAGACGCUGUCAGAUAAAGUGUCUUGAUGUCACACUGCUUCCUACUAGUGGCCUGGAAUGCACAUUACACUCAUGGUGGUUUUCAAGAAACUUUUUCAAGCUGCCUCCCCUUUCUCACACGAAUGGUAAACACAGCAGGAUUGGCUUUUAUGCAAACACCGGAGCUCAGCUUUGAUUGUACGCCCAAUCCCGGUUUUACCGCCGCAUCUCGUACCCACUCUCUUCAGCACUCAGGUUUGAAAAUCUGCUGCAUUGUGACAGAAUGUUCCUUCGAGAUAACGUGCACUAAUCACUCCUCUUUUGUGAUGUUUUUUUUUUGGUUUUGCACUGCUGCAGCUACAAAUCACUUUUGUAUGUUUUAUUGUAUUUGCUCCAUAAUGUCAUAUCUGCUGUAUAUUGUGGACUUUGUAAAUUCACUUUUGUUGAGCCUCAAUGACCUGAUUUUUUUUUUAACGUUAAUAUAUUUUGUGCUUAUUGGUUGUACUAUUUUUUUUUUAAUUCGCUAUUGUCAUUCUCCUCGAUGCAACCAGCUCGGCAGUCCCCGAUAUCGUGUCCUGUGUAUUAUUUAAUCCACUCAUAUGAGCAAGGUCCAGCAUUGCAAAUUUUUGAUAACAAGAGUUUUAUAUCAUCCUUGUGCAUUUUAAAGAUAAAAGUCGAAUUCAACUAAUGUGACUCAAGUAACUAUUAUUGCUUACAGUCUAGUUCAGGGGUGGGCAGAUUUUUAGGCUCAUUUGAUUUUAAAAACAGAUUGGCAUUUGUGUAAAAAAAUAUACGGUAAUGUAUAAUUCAAAUUUUUUAUCUUAUUUCUAAUUAAUAUUACAGUUAACAAUUAUCAAAUUUAAAAAUUAAAUAGACAAUUGUAAAUGUUACUAAUAGUUAUGUAAUUUAACUAACUAUUGAAUGAGGUAUAUUAAUUAAAAAUACAAUUCAUUAAUUUAAGGACAGCUAAAUGAAUGCAGCAAAUACUGCAAGACUCUUGAUAAUUUAAAAAAAAAAAGCUUCCUGGGCUGGAUUAAUACAAUAAAUUGAUUGCCUGUCCUCGAUCAAGUUGGUCAAACUGAAUUGUAUUCAACAUGGUUAUGACCAUACAAAAUUAAAUAACACCCUGUACACUGUAAGCUGCAGGAUAGAGCUGCGUUAUAGCAAAGCAUCACGGUAGUAGUCCUUCCCGAGCUGGGUGUUUGGAACACAAUUUGUGUAACUUUUUUCUUUGUCGUUUGUGUUGUGAAAAGGCUGAAUCGUUUCCAUCAUAUUAAUAAUGCAAAAAAAAAAAAAAA